AUGUGCCGAGGCACCGGGCGCCUGCCGGGGAGCCCCGGAGCCACUGGGAGGCUGAGGGGAGCCACCCCGGCUCUGUGCCAGCAGCUGCAGGUCUGCAUGCCUCCAGGCGGCGAGGGGCUGAGCGCGGAUCUCCCAUGUCCCAGCUCCUUUCAAGUGUUAAAUCCUGACCGCUUUAUUGACGCCUCCAGUCCUCCGUUUGAUUCUCUGGAAGUCAAUAUUCGCCGUGUUCCAUCAUCAAACACAAAGCCGGUAAUCAGCUCCAUCACUGGGAGCCAACUGCUGCCUUUUAGCAAACACCCCGCCCCGCAGAAGCCCGUUUCGAUAAUCAGUGUUUCCAAUCGGGCUCUGGACGACGAUUCCGCGGGCGGGACGGGACGGCUGCGGCCGGCAGAGCCGAGGCCCCGACAUGGCGGAGGCGGCGCUGCACCCUCCUCGGCCGCCAGGGGGCGCCGCAACCGCGCGGCGGCGGCAGGGCCCGAACCCGGCGCUCCGCUGCCGCGCCGCCGCCGAAGUACCGCGCUGCGCCCCUGCCCGGCCCGGCCCGGCCUGCCCUGCCCGCCCGCGGAGCGGUGCGCCGCGGCCGCCCCGGAGCUCGGCGCCGAAGCCGCCGUCCCGCGGGCCGCGAACGGUGUUUGUAAUUUCUACGUUUUUACACGUUCGUUUAUUUGUUUUUAUUUUUCGCGCUCCGUGCUCCGCGCCGCGGGACGCGAAGGGCGAGGGGGGAAACGCAGCCGUCGCCUCGCCGUUUACUCGAGAGAAAUCGGGGCGAGCAGCGAGAGGAGCUCCCGAGCCCGGCCCCGCCGUGCCGCCCCGCCGCCGCCCGCAGGAAAAGCGGCCUUCUGGUUUGAGCGCGCGUGUGAUGGCGCUGCCUUCGAAAUACAGACGCUCCGGCUGAAAUCCGCAUCGACGCUUCUCGCUGCAGCCUCGGGGCGUCCGCGCUGUAAGGCUCCGGCCGUUCGUGCCGGCGCACCGAGACGCCGACUCCGGACUGCGUCACGGAGCAGCUUCAGCCGCACCGCCGCGCGCGUAGCACCCCGCCCCCCCGUGACAGUGCUGAUGGGCCCGCUGGCACGGACAAGUGUAGCUGAAGAAAUUAAUGUACUUUCCCGACCCCGGAUCCCGGUGCCCGCACCCGAGCGCGUUGCAGAGGGCCGCCCGGCGCUGGGUUUGAGAGCGGCCCGAGAAGGAGACGCCCUUAGGACGGAUCGUAGAUCGUAGACCGGGGAGGUUCCGGCGGGCACAGCGCGGCUCGGCUGGGAGCGGCACGGGGUGACGGCCGAGAGCCCCGGGCGCCCCGACGGCGCGGGCGGCCCUCGGCGUCACCGCGGCCCCUUCGGGGCUGAUCCCGUGGCCCCGGGUGGGCAGCGAGAGAACGAACCAACGUGUCCUUGGGCCAGAGGGGACGUGACACCGGCCGCCUGUUCUCCUGCCUCUCACGGCCCCGCAUCUUCCCAGCUCCCAGCGCAUUGAGCCCUAUCGUUUUGAUCCCUGGCAAUAAACUCAGGGCCUUCAGCAAUUAACUCACGCUCUUCAUCAAACUGACACUCCGUAUAGGGAAGGUUGUUAUUUCCUAGGUAAGCAGGACUUUAAGCUUAAAGGAGCCUAAAAGAGCAGUUUGAGAAAAAUGCGUCCUGCGGGCAGGGCCCUCAUCUCGGGGAUUUCAGGAGCGGCAGUUUGGCCCCUGCCCGGGUACGUCGUUCUGGCAGCCAACAGCCGUUAGGAGCCGAUCCCCCGCUCCAUGACACACUGCGUCGCUCGGUACUGCCCGGCGUGCAUUUGUGAGCCCCCGGGCCGUGCUGCCCGACCCCCGGCACUGGGAACGCUUCCCAGCCGAGCCGCGGGCGGCGGGAAGGUUCCCGUCCGUUGGGUGCUGCUCCCGGGGCCUGGCACAGCCGGGGGGCGGCUGCCGGAUUGCUGCCGGCUCCGCACGCCGGUGGGAGGGGGUUGCACCGCGUCCGUUGGUCGCUCUUGGCUGGGUUUUAUUUAUUUACUUUUUUUGCUCAACGGUUGCCGCUCUCUGUGUGAGGUCGACGCAGCCCGUGGCACCCCGCAGCAGGACGGGGGCUCCCCUUCCUCGGGGACGGCACCCGGCCGCUGUCUCGGCCCCAGGCGAGGGCUUCCGCGGCCUCCGCGGGGCCGGAGAUGGACGCGUACCGCCCGCGGAACCCGACCUGGGCGCGGCCAGGAACCCCCCCGGCUCGACCCCGCCGCCUUCGCCCCGCCGCCGGGCCUCGGCUCACCCCGAGCGGCUCCGGUCUCCUCCGAGCCCCCUCCCGGGCGCUGCGGGCGGGUUUGUCGCUGUCCCCACGUCACGCCCCGCCCGGGCUCUCGCGUGUCAUUACCCAAAUCCCAGCGAAGCGCCCGGCAGGAGCCGUCAGGCGCAGGCAGCCAGACAGUUUUCUUGUACUUUAUUAAAGUGUAAUCAAACAUCGGUUAAGUGGAAAAUAAAUAUCCAGAUCUAAUAA